AUGUGUUUUGUAAGACCAUGUGUUGCUGGUGUACCAGGUCGAACGGAUACUUCUCGUUUCAGAAGGGGGACGAAAGCUGGACGCAGGGUCAUCAGGCAUAUCCACACUGUCUGUGGUGGGCGGUUGAGAUACGAAGGACAUCAACUGGGGGUUAAUGGAGAUAACCUGGUGUAUAUCUUCGAUGAUAUACUAAGGAAUCCUUCAUCUUCCUUGAAAGUUUCUGAUGAACCAUGCGAAGCUCUCCCAAUCCCAACAUUUAUUCAAAAUCGAGUAAAGAGAAUUGAUUAUCCAAACAGUCGUAAUGAUUCAAAUUUGUCAAGACCAAAGAUCUUUGACCUAAACACUUCCUACGGUACGGAUGCCGUGUGUAAGAUAAACACUCGCAUUACGUAUGGUAAACCAAGAAAAGUUGGUAUGGAAAACAGAAUUCAAACACUCACGAAAGUGAAAUUGAAAAACAUAAGACCAAGUUCAAAGCUGUUUUCAUUGUCUUCUCUUAACUGCAGAUCAGUUAAAAACAAAUCACUAUCAAUAUGUGACUAUAUACUUACAGAGGACCUUGACUUAGUCGCACUGACUGAAACUUGGUUAGGUUCCUCUGUUGAUGAAGCUGUUGUGAAUGAACUGAAACCAUCAUGCUACGAAAUCAUUCGUCAAGAUCGCAACAGUGGACGCCGUGGUGGUGGAAUAGCUCUUGUCUUUAAGAAUGGAAUUGAUGUGACCGUUCUGAACACAAGCUCGGAUAUUUUCACUCAAUUCGAACAUCUAAAAGUUACAGUCCGAAUAGAAGACAUGAGAAUGAAUCUAUGUAUCAUUUACAGACCGCCACCUUCUACUGUGAAUGGUUUAACUACCAGUCAGUUCUUCUCAGAAUGGGACACCUAUCUUGAUCAGAAUACUAUAUUUCCCCAAGACCUAGUAAUCACAGGUGAUUUCAAUUUUCACGUCGACAAUCGUAGUGAUCCUGAGGCAAGCAGGUUGUUACAAUCCCUUGAUGAUCGCAACCUUAUACAACACGUGGACGAGCCGACCCAUGUUCACGGACAUAUCCUAGACUUGCUAAUCACACGAUCAUCUAGUGAAAUACUACAUUCACGUCAUCAAGUCAAAAAUCCUUCAUUGAGCGAUGUGAAAGGAAACUUGUGCUGUGACCACUAUGCUAUACAUGCAACGUUCAACUGCAGAAAGCCACAACAUCACCGUAAAGAGAUUACGUUUAGAAGGCUCAAGAAUAUCAACAUAUAUGACAUGAGUAGAGAUAUUAAAAAUCAACUACAAGAUGAAUCCGCACGAAAUGAGAACACGUCUGUUGACCAUUUAGUACAAGGGUACAACAAAUGCCUCUCGCAUAUUCUAAACACUCAUGCGCCUCUUGUUAGCAAGUCAAUUCUUAUAAGAGCUAACACAGAGUGGUACACAGACGAGCUCAGGACAGCGAAACAACAGAAGCGGAAAACGGAGAGACGUUGGCGUAGAUCUAAACUGGAAAUACACCACCAGCUUUUUAAAGCGGAAUGUAAGCAAACAGGCCAAUUACUACACAAGGCAAAAGAAGAAUUCUAUUCUACUAAAAUUCAGGAAUUUAGAUAUGAUCUGAAAAACUUCUUUAGGGUGACGAAUUUAUUGAUGGGUAAGAAUCAGGAGAGUCCCCUACCAACAUCACCAUCAGAUGAAGAUCUUGCAAAUAAAUUUUCAACAUUUUCAUAG